ACGAUCACAGUUUUCUUCAUGAUCAAACCCUCUCGAGUCUGCCGGCCUAACCUUGAUCCUCGUCUCAAGGAUGGCCUUUGAAAUGGAUAAACAAGAUCAGAGGCAUAUCUGAGAUUGCUUCUGACUGCGUAUACACCACCGUUUAUAUCAUUGCACGACGAAACAUCUCAAAGUGAUUGAAUUUCUAUCCCAGAAACGAAGUAAUGGAUGUCAUGGAGCCUAAAUUAGUCUGGGUCGAAGGAAGAUGUUAUAGAUUUUUUGAAAGUGAUGCCUGGUCAGCAAAAGAUCUUGCUUCAGCACCGUACGUAGAAGAUUCGAAUCCUCAAGAAUUUUGCGAUCUCAACGAAGAUACUUGUCCCGUGGAUAUCGAAAUAACACCCAUAGAAGGUGGCAGAUACAAACAUUCCUUUUACGUUCCCAAUGUUUUCUUCAGAUUUUUAAUAGGACCUAAUGGAGCUAAUAGAAAGAAACUCGAAAGUGAAACUAAAACUACCAUAAAAAUCCCAAGAUUGGGUAAAGAUGGUGAUGUAGUGAUAACAAGCUCGAGCCGUACUGCCGUUCUAUCGGCCAGGCAUAGGAUAGAUUUGUUGGUCGAGAGUUCCAGGAAAAAACUCAGACCGACGCAUUUUCUUGGCAUACCCAUGAUCGACAAAACAAUAGCGUCUAAUUAUGAGAAUUUCAAAAAUAUUGUACUCAAUGACACAGGGAAAACAGCUCGUGGUGUUCAGGAAGGAGUAUUUCAGAAACCUGAAAAAAUGCAUUUAACGUUAGGAAUGCUAGUUUUGGUGGAUGAUCAAGAAGUUCAGAAAGCGGUUCAAGCUCUUGAGGAUUGCAAGGAACAGAUAAUAAAACCAAUUCUCGAGAAAAUAAAAAAUCCAAUUAAAAUCAAAGCACAAGGAUUGGAAUGUAUGAACGAUGAUCCCUCAGAUGUUACUGUGGUUUAUGGUAAAAUCUGCAGUGACAAUGACUUGUUGCAAGAAUUGGCAGACAAAGUUGUCAAUUUCUUUGUGGAGAAAGAUUUAAUGAAGCAAGAGAAAGACAAAGUGAAAUUACAUUUGACAGUGAUGAAUUCAGCGUUUUUGUUGGACCACGAAGCAACGCAUUAUCAAAGAAAGGAAAAAUUUGACGCAACCAACAUACUCAAGGUUCACACGAAUUAUUAUUUUGGUGAAUUGCCAUUGAACACAAUCCAACUGUGUAAACGAGGUGAAAAAGCUAAAGACGGUUAUUAUAUUGUGACAUCGAAAAUCGACUUAACAAAUAAAGAAGAGCAGUCAAAUUGAAGAACACAAACACAUUCAAAUUUACAUUUUAUAUUGAUAGAUGCUUAUCAAUGAUUGUAUUUUUCAGAGUUUUUCUUUUUGAAUUUAAUGAAUUGUUAUACUAGUAUUACAUAGCUAUCAACGAUCAAAAUGAGGAAUUUUUUUUUUUGCUAAUUUUUCAUCUGGUUCGAACAUUGAUUUUUUGGUUAUAAUCAUUGUUACUUGAUAAACCCAAUAUUUUUUGAACUGGCAUAAGAAAAUUUUUGUUCCAAUAUUUUAGAUUAUUGCAUGAAGUUUAGUGUCUCUGAACCAUCAAUUUUCUUUAGCUUCAAAAAACGGAUGAUUUUUGAAAUUUUGUACACCAAUCAAAUGAAACUAAAAGUUUCAGCGCAAUUUUUUUCUAACGAGUAAGAGGCAAACUUGUUGGCAGGUUUUUUUCUUUUAUUUCCCAUCGUCGGAAAUAUUCGAUGAGGCUUUCCUAUAUUUCAAGAAAUACAUAUUUUGCAGUUUUUGUACAUAAUACGAGUGUGACAAAAGAAAUGUUUUCGUUCUCGUGUCACAGCCAUGUACCGAAGUGGUGAAGGUACUACUUGAAAUAUACGUUUCUAUCUCGAAAACUUUUCAUCACAA